AUGGGGACUGGAAUGAGCAAGAUUGUCACCGGCCUCUACCUGGGGAAUAUUCGUGACUCUGAGGACCACGAGAACCUGCUGAGCAAGGGGGUGACCCACAUCCUGUCCGUCCACAGCGGCGCCAAGCCCGUGCUGGAGGACAUGACCUAUCUGUGUAUCUCAGCCUCGGAUUCAUCCAGUCAAAACCUGCUGCAGCAUUUCAAGGAGUGCAUCCAGUUCAUCCACGAGUGCCGGCUCGGAGGGGGAGGCUGCCUGGUGCACUGCCUGGCCGGGGUGUCCCGCAGCAGCACCCUGCUGGUGGCAUACCUGAUGACAGUGACAGAGCUGGGCUGGCAGAGCUGCCUGGCUGCCACCAGGGCCGUUCGCUCCUACGCCAGCCCCAACCCCGGCUUCCAGCAGCAGCUGCAGGAGUAUGAGAGCACCCUGCUCCACGAGUACCGCGCCUGGAUCCGCCGGGAAUACGGCAGGAACCCCUUCCAGGACCAGGAGGAGCUGCAGCGCCUGCUGGGGCAGCAGCAGCAGCAGCAGCCCGGGGGCAGGGAUUGCUCCUGGCUCCCCUCCUCGGCUCCCACCUCGUCCCCUCCCUGCCGUGCCGGUGGCACCGCUGGUGGCAGCGGGUGGAUGAGCAGAUAA